AUGUUUCUCACUGCGGUAAACCUUGCCAAGAGCAAAUCUAAGACUUUGCUGGUUCAGAUGGUGAGUGCAGCUGGCACAGGUUACUGUUUCAACACUAAGAGGGGUCGAUUGAGAGAGAAGCUGGUUUUACGAAAGCAUGACCCAAUAGUAAACAAACAUGUUUUGUUCAUUGAGAAGAGGAAGAUCCGUUCUCUUUAA